AAAUUGGAUAUGCAUUCAAAAAUAUUGUGAAAAUACAAAUAGCAGUCUAUUUAUUGACCUUUUUGUAGAACAACUGUAAAACAGUGACAUGUAUCUUCCAUGAAGAUUUCAGUAUCAUAUGAAGUAUGUCGAUUCAACCAAAAUGUAUGCAUAACAAGAGGAAAUGACCAUUCGACCAUUGCUGUCAACGAUCGAAUCAACCUGAAUUUUGUCAUAAUAACGUGAAUUACAGAACAGUAAUGGAAGAAGGUAUUCAAGAAAGACAGAAAAUGUCUUACGCAGUAAUAAGACCUUCAAACCAACAGAAUUCCUCAUAUGUUCCUGCAAAACCUACAAAUAAAACAGAAUCUUCAUCCAGUACUGUUUCUAAGCAACCAGUGAUAACUACCAGAAGACCCCCAGCUUUUGGUCAGAUUGUAAAGAAACAAGUAUGGGUAGAAGAAAAGCCGACCAUUCCUGGUGUACUCCCGGGACUGCAGUACCUUACAUCUCUGGAUCAAGUUUUCGUCAAACAACAUAUUGACAUGAUGGAAGCAACGUGGGAAAAAGCAAACAAGUACAAAAUACUAAACAACCAAAGCGAACAAGUUUACUUUGUGUCUGAAGAGUCAGAUAAAUGGAAUAGACAAUUACAAGGACCGGACCGAGGAUUCAAUCUUCGUGUACUUGACAAUACAUCACAGGAGGUUAUGCGUUUCUCUAGAGAACACAUAUGCUGCGGUGGAUGUUGUUGUGGUUAUUGUGAAAGUCUUCGCCAAGUGCUGACCGUAGAGGCACCAGUCGGGGAUGUAAUUGGAUAUGUUCGACAGGAGUUUAACAAAUCUGGACCUUGUUAUUCAGUCAGAGAUGCAGAAGACACCAUCGUUUAUAAGAUUACUGGACCUUGCUGUGUAUGUGACUGUCCCUGUAAUAGAGUUAGAUUUCCGAUAGUGUCAGCAGACGAUACAGAGGAAGUAGGGGUAAUCAGCAAAAAUCUUGGUAUAGAAAAUUAUUUCGGUGAUGCUGAUACGUUCGGUGCAAAGUUUCCACUAGAUAUUGAUGUAAAAAUCAAAGCCGUACUGCUUGGUGCAAUUCUGUUGAUUGACUUCAGCCAUUUUGAACAAGGACAACAACACUGGUAAAGAGCAGGGCUAUAAUAAUCUCCUUUUGGAACAGCGACCAAUAGAGAAAGAGAUUGAAGAGUAACCCUAUUAAUGAGUUGUCACUUUACUUUGAACAUUGUUUGUAUGUUGUAAUUUGUAACUGUCACCUUAGAUUGGCUUGAAAUUUGUGCAAAUAUAUUCAGGUCUAAUCUACCAUUUACUUCAUAAGGAAAUGCCUGUAUCAUGUCAGGAUUAUUGCAGUUGUUCUAUCGUUCGUGUGAUUUUGACAUGUGAUAAGAAUUUUGUCGUUUUUAAUUGAAUGUUGUGCACCAACGCAGGAAUAUGACAAUAAUUUUUUCACCGUCACUUUUGUUAUUUAACUUUUUGCGAUAAAAUAAAUCAUGUAUCUAACGCUAUGUCAAACAAUCAAACAAUAUGUACACAAUAUGUACGUAUUAAUGUAUAAUACAGCUAUCAUUAUCAAGGAUUUUCUCGUGCCAUUGUUAACAUGUUUAAUACUUAAAAAUGUUAAAAACCUUAUUGUCCAGAAGUUGUUUGGUUUAUAACACUUGUUUUUAUUUGUUUGCCAAUUAAAAUGAUACUGGUGUGUUUUUUUUAACAAUAUUGCAUAUUGUAUAUGGUGUAAAAA